GGGGCGGGGCUUCGGCCGCCGCCCGGGGUCUAAAGAACCCGAGGCGCGGGGCCGGGAGCCGCAGGGAUUCCUGACGGCGCCGGGCGCGAGAGCGGGCGUGCCCGGAGUGGUGGCGCAGGCGUCCGUCGCCGCCCCUCAGCAUCCGCACGUGCAGGUCCCCUCCCUCUCCGCCGGGACGCGGGAGAGCCCGGCGCGUGGCGGGGGCGCGAGGUGGAGCCGGCGGGGGCGGCCAAUGCGAAACUGGCUGGUGCUGCUGUGCCCGUGUGUGCUCGGGGCCGCGCUGCACCUCUGGCUGAGGCUGCGCUCCCCGCUGCCCGCUCGCGCCUCCGGGGCGGGCCCCGCAGAUCAAUUGACCUUAUCUCCUCGAUGGAAAUCUCGUCACUAUGACGUGGUAGUUGGUGUCUUAUCAGCUCGCCAUAACCAUGAACUUCGAAAUGUGAUAAGAAGCACGUGGCUGAAACAUUUGAUACAACAUCCUGCAUUAAGUCAACGUGUGCUUGUGAAGUUCAUAAUAGGUGCUCAAGGCUGUGAAGUGCCUGUGGAGGACAGGGAGGAUCCUUAUUCCUGCAAACUCCUCAACAUCACGAAUCCAGUUUUGAAUCAGGAAAUUGAGGCAUUCAGUCUUUCUGAAGAUACUUCAUCAGGGCUCUCUGAGGACCGGGUUGUCAGUGUGAGUUUCCGAGUUCUCUAUCCGAUCGUCAUUACCAGUCUUGGAGUUUUCUACGAUGCCAGUGAUGUUGGUUUCCAGAGGAACAUCACUGUCAAGCUUUAUCAGGCAGAACAGGAGGAGGCCCUCUUCAUUGCCCGCUUCAGUCCUCCAAGCUGUGGUGUGCAGGUGAACAAGCUGUGGUACAAGCCUGUGGAGCAGUUCAUCUUACCAGAGAGUUUUGAAGGUACAAUUGUAUGGGAAAGCCAGGACCUCCACGGCCUUGUGUCAAGAAAUCUUCACAAAGUGACAGUGAAUGAUGGCGGGGGCGUUCUCAGAGUCAUUACCGCUGAGGAGGGCACAUUGCCUCAUGAACUCAUGGAGGGUGCGGAGGGAGUUGCAGGUGGUUUUAUAUACACUAUUCAGGAAGUUGAUGCUCUCUUACACAACCUUCAUUCUCGUCCCCAAAGACUCACUGAUCAUCUGACUAAGCUCCAUGAAGAAGACGGCUUCCUGAAGGAGGAGAGUAGCACCUACAAUGAUAUUGUUUUCGUGGAUGUUGUUGACACUUAUCGAAAUGUUCCUGCAAAAUUAUUGAACUUCUACAAAUGGACCGUGGAAACAACUAGCUUCAAUUUGUUGCUAAAGACAGAUGACGACUGUUACAUAGACUUAGAAGCUGUGUUUGAUAGAAUUGCCCAGAAGAAUCUGGAUGGGCCUGAUCUUUGGUGGGGGAAUUUCAGACUGAACUGGGCGGUUGACCGCACUGGAAAGUGGCAGGAGUUGGAGUACCCCAGUCCUGCUUACCCUGCCUUUGCAUGCGGGUCAGGGUAUGUGAUCUCCAGGGACAUUGUCGACUGGCUGGCAAGCAACUCGGGGCGAUUAAAGACUUAUCAGGGUGAAGAUGUAAGCAUGGGCAUUUGGAUGGCAGCCAUAGGACCCAAAAGAUACCAGGACAGCCUGUGGCUGUGUGAGAAGACUUGUGAGACGGGAAUGCUGUCUUCCCCUCAGUAUUCUCCACAGGAACUGGCAGAACUGUGGAAACUGAAGGAAUUAUGUGGGGAGCCUUGUCAAUGUGAAGCCACAUAAUAGGGAUCAAAUCAGCAGUGUUUAAAAUCAGGGCAGCAAAUGAUAAUCCGAAUGUAAGUCUGAGAAGAGCCUUAGGUUUGGCAAUAUGUCUUUCAGGAGCAUUCGAGGCUGGCAGUGCACCUGUACCCAGUGUGGUUUUUCUUAAUGUUUGCACAAAUUUCCUUUUGAAAAGUCAGCUGAUACUGUAGCAUAAGGAAAGUUUUUCUUUAUAUAUUGGAAGGUGAUUUGAAAAAUACCAACUUAUAAAAAAAUUUCUAAAUGCCAGUGCAUUGUUGGUAAUUAAUAAUUCAUCAUUACCUGUCAUUUUUUGUUAAAACUUGGCCUAGCCUUAGAAAUCUUAAUAACCCAGAAUUUGAAUUUCAACUGGAUUGCAGGACAGCUCUGCUUAGCUUAAUUAGGGUAAGUAAGAGCCAGAAAGAACUCACAAAAAUGCUGUGAUCAUGUGAUCACUUGUUUGAGCAUUGGUCGCUUAUACCAAAGUUUGGGGUUUCUGGAAAUAAUGUCGGAUUUGGGGGCUGUCUGCAUGAAGUGAGUAACUUGAAUUUGAAAAGGAACCAAUAUGAUUCUUAGUUCUAGACCUUGGUUUUAAGAAGUUUACUUUUAUAUAGUAGACAAGUACUCAAGUUUUCUUUUGUCAUUUAACGUUAAGUCCUAAAGGUCAAAGUUUAGUACUCUCCCCAAAAAGCUAAAUUUUUGCAAAUAAGACUAAAUCAAAGCAAAUACCUCUCAGGGUUUCGGUGCCAUAGGGAAGGAUAUUUCUAAACUGCUGACACUUGGCAAGAAUCAAUUUUGCCUUCCUCCCGUCAUUGCCUAAUGUAUAAACAAGUUUCAGUCACAGCUGGUCAUCUUCUAUAGAAGAAGAUAGACUCAGUUUAGGUAUAACUGUAGGGAAAAGCAUGUGCUUAAUUUUGUAAACACUCUAAAAACAGUACAACUGAGAAGAGUAUAGCAUUUACGUCACAUGUAGUACAGGAUAGGUCUCUUGAGUUUAAGGGACAUUUCCCAAAAUGACCAAAUCAUUUUAGUAACCUUUUAAAAUAGUAUCAAUAGAGAAUUCCAUUACAGCUG